GCGUGAAAAUGGCGCGCCUGCGCAGUGUACAGAGUAGCGUGGGUAAUGGUAGGCACUGGUAGGAGGUUUGCUAUGUGCUUUGCGUUCAGUUGAACUCGACUUCAGUGUUCCGGUAAAACUCCCAGAGAGCCAUCGGGCGGUUUGUCGGUGUGUGUUUGCGCUGUGAGGGGAGUCAUACAGCAGCACAAUGGAUGUGUGUGUGUGUGAGAGAGAGGUUUGCCUGUAGAAACCCCCACACACGGAUUCCUGCUUACUCUGUGAGAUUAGUGCACGAGAUCUGAAUGUGUUUAAUAUCACACACACACACUCACACACAGCUCUAACAGCAUCACGAUGAGCUCCAGCAAAGAUGCCGUGGUGUCCACACACACCUCCUGGGUGUGUACAUCUCCUACUGAGCUCAGAGAGAUCCUCAUCACACCACAGGAAGAGCUCCUCAACACCGAGGCUGGCCUGGAUCCUUCUGCUUCUGCUCUGUGUGAGCCUGUGCGCUUGGAGAGAGCAGAGGAAUCGUCUCCGUGCGUCAUCACCCUGCUGUGUCGACCCGAUUCAGGCGCCGUCAUCAGCAGCGUCCAGAUUGUCAGCGAGGCCAGGACUGUGGAGGUCUACUCGCUGUCCGGCGACUACUGCGGGACGAGCCGUGGCGAGGAAGAUCCCAGAUGGCAGCAGAGCAGUGAUGAAGAGAAAAGACUCUUCUACAGGAGCCGCUUGGUGUUGGAAUCUCCGCUUGCAUCGUGUGAAGUGAAGCUGCUCUCUCUCGGUGGUCGAUCGGCCGUGGGAAUCCGUCAGGUGGCUGUGGGUCUGCGGUUCUGUCCGGGGGCUGAAUUCCGGCCCGGCCCGGGCGCUGGUAUCGACCUUCAUCGUGUGCAGGCCAUGAUGCAGGAGAUGGGCACUACGCUGUCACCUGGGGCACAGAAUCUCAUGGAGAUGGUGCAGUUUCAGCAGAAGAACAAAGCGGAUGUUCUCGGUGGCUUUUUGCCUCUGCUGAUGGGCGGUGGUGGUGCUGGGGGUAUGUUAUCAUGCUUGGCCAAGCGAGCCUCAGGAGACGUCGGACCUGAUGGCACACGAGCACAGACUGGACCUCAAUCUGGAAUGUUCUCUGCCAAUCAGAGCAGCCCGUCAGAUGCUGUAGCAGGUGUUCAGGGAGGAAACCAGAGUCCUGUCAGUCCUGAUCUGCUUCCCAUGCUGCAGAAUGUGUGUGGUCAGGUUACACAACUCCGGCUGGAUGCUCUGACCUCACCAGAGAAGAGGACGAAUGGAGAGCGUGAGGAUCUUGAGAAAGUUCUGGAGAAAGUGGUGGAGAAACGGAUGGAAGAUCUGGAGAACAGGUUGAAGAAGCACAUGGACUCGCGUCUGGAUGCUCUUCAGCAGCGACUGGAGCUCACACUACAUCAGCUGGGGCUCCUCACCAACACACCCAACCCCCAGUAAACUCGCUAACCAGCGCUGAAGCUAACGAGCUGCUCGAGGUCUGUCUCAGGACGGGAUUUAUUACAGUAACUCUGCUAACAAUUCAGCUAAAGGAGUUGUUGCUAAACUUUACGGGUUCUUCCUGAAGACUUUCUUUAAUGGUUAAAAGAAAUAAUGUUUUUUAACAAGCAUCAGUCACUUAUUCAUUCAUUUUUAUUGACAGACACACAGUUGAUGAGUGAACUUUAAUGCCGUAGCUGCUUUCCAACCUCUAAUAUUCACUGUAAACACACACAAGCUUGACGCUGGUUUUAUUCAGAAUUGAACUGGUUUGCAGUGAAGGAAACGUUGUUUUUUUAACCCAGUGACGGCACUGAAUCCCAUGAGGCUGAACCCAAACGCCACUUCACUCCAGGACACAUGACUCACUCACAUCAUUCUGUCCAACUCUCUGGUGCGGUGGUUCAGCCUCCUGGGUUCUGAUCUUAAGAAGGUUUGAAUCCUGUUCUUGUUGUUUGCGGUGUUUGUUCAUUGACAUUGUAUUUAAUGGUUUACAUUAAACCAACUGGAGAACUAAGGACAAAAAAAAAGGAAACAUUAAAACGUGGUGAUACUAAAACAGAGUUUCUCCUCUUACUUUUCUCAACUUUCUUCCUUUCCAGUCACAUUUCCAGAAGCUGCUGAGAAGCUGUGACUCAAUAA